UUAAAUUUUUGUAACAUAAGGAUGGCGGCGGUUGGAGUGGCUGGUUCUGUUGCUUCUACAAAGUCAAACCAUUUGAUGAAUAAUCAAGAAUGUAACGAAAAGCACGAGAAAUUAAUAAAUGGAAUAGUAAAUCAACAUACUAAUGGUUAUGUUAAACCAAAAUAUUCCAGCAAUGGGAUUACUAAAAUGUCGGGCAAGAAGAGCGACGUCCACCCGUGGAUGGACUGGAGCCAGCACGAGCUGAACCCCGGCUCGUUCGAGAAGUGCUCGCUGCUGACGGCGGCGCUCACGCACGCCGGCCUCUACAUCCUCAUGUUCCUCGGCUUCAUAAACCAGCUGCUGUUCAAGCCCAAGGUCGCCACGGAGAGGAAUAGGGAGGGGUACGCGCCGCUGUACAACCCGUUCGAGCAGUUCUUCUCGCGCUACGUGUACCGGCGCGUGCGCCACUGCUUCAACCUGCCCAUCACGUCGGCCCCCGGCGCGGAGCUCACGCUCAAGGAGCGCGCCACCGACGACUAUAAUUGGAGCUUUCGGUUCACGGGCAAGGAGAAGCGCUGCAUCAACUUGGGCUCGUACAACUACCUGGGGUUCGCGGAGGCGGAGGGCGAGUGCGCGGAGGCGGCGGCGGCGGCCGCGCGCCGCUACGGGCUGGCCGCGUGCUCGCCGCGCGCCGAGCUCGGCUCCACCGCGCUGCACGCCGAGCUGGAGGCCACCACGGCGCAGUUCCUGGGCGUGGAGUCGGCCAUAGUGUUCGGCAUGGGGUUCGCGACGAACUCGAUGGGCGUGCCCGGGCUGGUGUCGCGCGGCUCGCUGGUGCUGAGCGACGAGAACAACCACGCGUCGCUGAUCCUGGGCCUGCGGCUGGCGCGCGCCACCGUGCGGGUGUUCCGCCACAACGACCUGCGCCACCUCGAGCGCCUCGUGCGCGCCGCCCUGCUCGAGGCCAAGUGGGACCGCAUCAUUGUGGUAGUCGAAGGUGUGUACAGCAUGGAGGGGUCGAUAGUGCCGCUCGCCGCGCUCGUAGCGCUGAAGAAACUCCUUGGUUUCUACAUUUACCUGGACGAGGCCCACUCGGUGGGGGCCAUGGGGCCCCGAGGGAGAGGCAUCACUGACUACGCCGGUGUGGACCCUAAAGACGUGGACAUACUAAUGGGUACCUUCACUAAGAGUUUUGGCGCCGCUGGAGGUUACAUUGCAGGCUCGUCGAAGCUGAUCAACAGCGUGCGCGCGCGGGGGCACGGGCACGCGUACGCGCACGCGAUGGCGCCGCCGGUGGCCGCGCAGGUGCUGGCCGCCAUGCGCGCCAUCGCCGCGCCCGCCGGCCGCCGCCGCGUCGCCGCGCUGCGCCGCAACGCGCACUACUUCCGCGACCGGCUGCGCCAGAUGGGCGUGGUGACGUUCGGGCACCAGGACUCGCCCGUGGUGCCGAUGCUGGUGUACACGUUCAGCAAGAUGGCCGCCACGGUGGAGCGGCUGGCCCAGCGCCGCGUGGCCACCGUGGGCGUGGGCUUCCCCGCUACGCCGCUCAACAAGGCGCGCAUCAGGUUCUGCCUGUCGGCGGCGCACACGCGCGAGCAGCUGGACGAGUGCCUGGCGGCCAUCGAGGCGGUCGUGGACGAGCUCGGCCUGCGCUACUCGCGCCGCCGCUAGCCGCCCCCCCCACCACCCACCACCACACCACCACACCACUCCACCACGCGCCCGCCCCGCGCCGCCCGCAGUACGUCGCGCGUCCCGUACCGCAACACGUAUCCGUAUACGCUCCGGCGCCAGCAGUGUAACGCUAACCGUCGCCCGGCUUUUGCAGUCGAUAUGAUUGUGCCGACUCCACUGGUAGACGUUAUUAGAUGAGGGAUUGGGAUGUCGUGCUGAUGGCCCUGGUGAUCAUCAAGAAUUGGUACUUAUUACGUUUGUCAUUGAGUACGUUUUCGUAUAAAAUUUGUUUUAUGUUUCUAUGUUUGUAUGUUACGUCCGCCGAGGGGCGCGGCUCGGACACUGAGGUGUUGAGACGUCGUGUGAAAGUGUUGAAAGUCUCUAAAAUUGUAACAAAUCUUUAGUGGUGUUGUAUUUAAAGUUGAUUAGGUACGGAACAUUAUUAUUAACACAUCAGUGUGAAUUAUUAUAUGUGACUGAUACUUUAAUCGAGGUUUAAUAUUAUAAAACGAUAUAUAUUUCAUGUGUUUUGUCAUCUAUAGGAUUUACGAAGCAUUUUAUCUCGUAAGAGUGAAGUUUUUUUGAUCUUUACCUGUGUUAUUCACAAGGUCAGUGCUAGUGUGGUGCAGGAGGUAGUAUUAUAGGAAUGGAAUGAUGUAUGGAGUCUGUGACUGAACCCAAAGGUCGCAAAGCUAAAGCUGACAUAGGACAUGUAGACCAUGCAUGCUGGCAUGUGGUUGAAAGUAUUGCAUUUGGUAAAUAACUCUUCUAAUUUGAAUUUGUAUUUUUUUUUAACUAUUAAAGAGCAUAAUUAUUUCAAGUGGCAUAAAUUGACCUCCAAUGUAUCCGGUUGUAAGUUGCCGCUUCCGUUCCCACCUCAUUUACGUUUCUCUUCUUUAUUAGUUUUUAAAAAUACUUUUAUUCGUCUUAAUGCUUUAGUUAUUUAUGUCCAAACAAAAUGAGCGAAUAUCAAUCAGAAUCAGUAAAAUUAAACCUUAUGUAAAGGUAAUCAAACACAAGAAAAUAUUAUUUAAAGGUGUUUGCUACAUGUUCUGCAUAUUAUAAAAAAAUAGAUGGUAUGUCAGCUGUAGCUAAGAAAAUAUUACGAAGCACAAGGGCUUCGCCUCUACCUCGUUGUGUGCGCACGCAGGCCGUGCGUGCGCGUGUGCGUGCGCGCGUGCGUGUGUGUGCGUGCGCGCCGACAAUAUUACGUUUAAUAGUUAAUUUUAAUGUUAAUGUAUAAUUCGUUAUACUCAAUAAAUUAUUUUCUCACGC